CGCAGUUAAUAGAGAAGACUUAGUAGUAUUGUGGCUGUGGGAAUGAUUCGAGCGAUAGCUCCGAAAGUACUUCCCACUGCGCUCAGACAGAACAUAUCCGUAGGUAGAAGUGUUUCCAUUUUCUGAAUCGUGGUAUCUAUCUCUAUCAUACAUUUUGUCCUAACGGGCACGGGUCGUAGAAGUCUUCAACAGUUGAAGUAUACUUACAAGAAGUUAAUAUUUUAUGCUGACGAAAAACAUCAAAAAUGCCACAACAACAAAAUCCUGAUGAGCAAGAUGCAAGCCGCAUCCCAAGUCGUUGGCCACCUGAAGGCGAGUUGCUCGACCGUCUCGAUAAGCGACUCUCCCGACUUGUGGCCGACUUACCUCUUGGCCCUCUGGAGUAUCUCUUCGCCUUUCCAGGCAUGAUCUUCUCCACGCACACAAUGGUAUUUCUAGCUCCUCUGACCUUGUCGGUGCUGGCGUGUAGGCAAGAACUUGGUAGACAAGAACUACGAGAACAAGAAGGCAGCACGACCACGCCAUGUUGUUCCCAAAGAGUGCUAAAGAUACUUGCCCAUAUCCUGGUAGUUGCGUGGUGCAUGGUCUACGUGAUGUACGGACUUCUGACGUGGGCAACGUCGACACCCUAUCAUGCCGGCAACUCUUCCUCGUCUCAACAACAACCGCAUAGAAGUUUGAAGAUAGCAAAAGCAGGCUUUAGUUUUUUUUGGUGCAAGCAAGGUUACAUGGUGGGCCCAGUUCUGAGCGGACUCAUCUUGGACUUUUGCAUUUCCGCUUUCUGCCUACGCGGGGCUGACCACGAUCGAGGAACAGAUUGGCUGUGGACUGCACUGCCACUCUUCGGAGGUUCAACAAAUCCGAAAAUCCAAGCACUACAUGACUCCAUAGCCCUACCAGGACGCCGCUUGAUUCUCUUCUGGUGCACUGCGAUAGGGAUUACUGGCCCCUUUAAAGUGACAGUGAGGAGAAGAAGACCGUUCAUCUGUGAUCUCUAUGGUGCUUCACAAGGAGAAGGACAAGCAGCUCCUGAGACUAAGAGCACUAGUGAAGACAAAGUAGUACAUCGAGAUCCGAAGUGGAUAAAGUUUUUUGCGAUUUUUGCCAAGGCGGAUGCAACAGCAAGCUUUCCUAGUGCUGACACGGCGGCAAGUGUGGGCGUGGCGCUUAGUGUCUGGCUUGCGUUGAGUAGUUAAGGCUGUUGUUGCUGUUGGUCGUAAAAAGUACCAAGAUGAAGUGCAAGCCGUUGUCGUCCCUAGUAGUUGUAUUAAUUCUUCUGACCGUCCGCGUGCAACAUGUUGUCGUUCUUACAGCAGAUUGAUUAUUGCAGUGCGUAAGUAGAAGGGAGUCGCUGAUUAUACUUCUUCUAAAAAACAGGAACCAGCUUUAUUAGCACCAUCUUCUUCGAACCGACGGCGCUUUCCAUAUUCUGUGUCGCGUGUGUCUUUCUCGCGGCUUUUGGCAGAGUGUUUUGGAGGAUGCAUCACGUCCUAGACGUCCUUGUUGGCGGCGCAAUGGCAGUGCAGUGUUGCGUAUACCUAGAACAGAUGAUGGCAGUACAAAACCUAGGUUGUUGGACGCCAGUUGUGGGACACCUCAUUUUCAUUAUCGGGAGUGCUGCAAACGUCCUACAAGCAGGGCGUCGAGGGAAAAAGAUGCUCAGAGAAGCUCAACCUCAGGAUGAUGAGAAAGAUACAUCUGCUGAUGUUGAUGAGGUGAAGAAAAAGAACUGAAAUUGCUUUGAGUUUGAUGCAAGAGCCUUGAUCUUCGUCUUCCCUUGAUGUCCUACCCACGUUCUUGCUGGUAUUCUUAUAAUCUUAUUUUUCCUAAUGACGUGGAUCAUGAUACAAUUACAAAACGCGCUUAGAAGUCGAAAAUAAUCACGCAUUAGGCAAAGAGGGAGAUCCUCGUCGAAA